UUCAGGAAGAAAAUGUUUUAGGAAGAUUUAUUCUGAUCGUGCAGAACUUCGAAAUGUUAGGGACUGCUGGAAAUAUUUUAUUUACAUUGUGUUUAUUAUUGUGUUCUUGCAAUGCGGCCGAAUUGCACAAGACCUCCGUUCAAAAUGAUGAUGUAAAUACAAUUGGUGUUAACAAUGAGCCAGGUUUUAGUGAUAAACCAAAAGAGAGUUAUAUAAACCCUGUUUCAUUGAAAGAUGUUAUUCCAGAAACAACAGAUUUGGAUCGAUAUUACCGAUAUAAAGCAAUGCAAUCCAUAUCACCAUUUGAAAAUUCUGAUGCGGAAUUAAAACCAUUGCUUGAAGUGGCUGAGGAUAAAGAUGUUUUUAAAGAAUCAAAAUAUGUGGUCAGCAAUGCAAAGAAUAAUGAUGACAAUACUCAAAAUAUAAACUUAAAUGAAAACAAUAGGAAUUUUGAAGCUAAUAACUUUGGUGGUGAUCCUGUGAUAUCAGAAGGUACUGUAGAAAAGUCGAUGAGUUAUAAUUCUGAAGUGAUUGCAAAAGACAGUUCUGAAGCACCAACGUUAAUUAGGGAGAACAAUUCCAAUUUAGAGACUGGCAUCAAAAGUAAAGCCCAAGCCUUUUUAUCUGUAAAUAAUGUAACCAUUGAUGACUUUUAUGAAAACCGAGGGAAUAAAAGCACUGCUCAAUACGAAUCGGAAAUUGAUCAGCUGUUGCAAAAUAAUUCGAACAUCAUAGUCGGUGACGUCAAAUCUUUGAAGGCUAAUAAACAUAUGACUAAUUCUUCAACAAGUUCUGAUAACGAUAAUGAAUUCAGGCAAAACAAUGUGGUUUACAACAAAACUUACCCUGACAAACCAACUGCCCAUGUAUAUUUGGAUGAUGAAGACUACACUGAUAACAUGGGUAUCGGUCAAUUUUUUAAUUCUGCAUUCAAUUCUAAUGGUUCUGCAUCAAACAUUAUACCGAUUGAUAAUAUGAUUAAAGACGAUGAUAAUUUUGACACCAAAAAUCAAAUUCUUGGAAUUAAAGCUAUGACAGUUGUAGACGAUUACCAUACAAGCCCUCAGCAAGUGGUUAAAGGGCAACCAGCAGACAGUGAUAUUGCAAAACCAAUUGAAAAUAAUUUGAUAAACACUAAGAUUGCAACUGAGAAAGAUUAUAAAGAUGAACAGCCAAAUGAACAGGAUUUAACAACUCAAUACGUUUCUGAAUCUAAUCCUUCAAUGGAAAAUCAUAAUUUACGAAGUAGUGAUAAGCCCUAUGUACUGCACACUUCUAAUGACAGAUCAGAUCGAAUAAUUGAUGAUAAUCAGGAGAUUAGUGAAUUACGCAGUGAUAUUCAUGCAAGUUUGGAUGAUAUUGCUCAAAGGUUAAUAUGGAAGUCGUCGUACCCAGAGGCCGAUGUGUCUCGAACUAAUCGUGAAGAACUUGAAAUAAUCAAUAUCACUGGUAUUGCCGAUGUUGCUUUAGGAGAUGGCGUUCACUCCUGGAAAAGUAUCAGUUUGUGGCAUCAAAACUAUUUAGUUGGGAUUAGUGCAUCGGAAGUGAUCUUAUUAAGAACUCGUCUUACAAAUGGUUAUAUAGAGUAUAAAAUGUUGCAUUCGAUACCAAUUCGAGAAAAUCCCAGUUCAUUUGACAUCUUUCGAUUGAGAUUUGAAUCUUCCGUGCAAUCAGUUGCACUUGUUUCUUUAGAUAAUCAAAUCUUGUGGUAUAAAAUUUCGCCUGGAGAGCAGUUGGUGGAGAUAUGGCAAUGGCUAUUGCAUUCUACUAUAAGAUUUAUGAAAUUUAUACAGAUUCAAAAAACGGAUCAUUUGUUUACUUUGGAAGAUUUUGGUAAUGGUGAAUUUACGGCACAUCUUUACGAAUUUUCAAUUGAUCGUAAACAAUUUUGGCUGAGACAACGCAUAUUUCUGGAAUGUGAAGCUAAUGUUGCAGCUUUUAAUUUCGUGGCAGAUUUAAUAUAUUUAGCUAUUCCACAGGAACAAAACAAUAUUGUCAUCAUUUAUAAAUUUGUUGAUGGAAGAUUUUUGCCAUAUCAAAACAUAGAAAGCUCAGGAGUGAAUUUUGUCAGCGCUUUCAGCGUCGGCCACAAAAAGUUUCUUAGGCGUAGGAGGCCUGGAUCAUGCACUAUACCGAGUAGACAUCUCUGGAAUACACAUUGAAGCUAUUUUAGAUUCUACUUUUGACAACGUUCAAUUUUAUUUACCUAUUCACGUUAAAAACUAUAGAGACGAUCUAAUAGUUCUGGUACAACAUGAAAUUGAUCACGAUUCGCAUUCUUCAGUGCAUGUAGAAGCAUUGAUUUGGACUGAAAAUGGUUUUGUAACCCAUUCACAUGAGGUCUGCGAUGAUCAUGGU